CAGAGCUAGCGCAGAGAUGCAGCCGCGGGACCUCGUCCCUGAGACACUUCGCAGCGGGUGAGCCGGCCGUAGGCGCCAGGCCAGACGCAGCAGUCCACAGUGGCCACAUCUGUGACCCUUGUUGUCCCUCACCUGCCCCUGUUGGAUCCAGAAUGGCCUCCUGGUGCUACUGCGUCUUCUACCUCCUGAUAAGGAGUCUCUCUGGGACCCCCUCCAACUCACCAGCUGAAUCAAGGAGCUCCUGGGUGACAGCUCCAGUGGGCCCCAGUGAGGUGGUGGAGACUACAGAUGGGGUGUGCAAGUCUCCAGGGCAGCAGCUGAGCUGGCAGGCUCAAGAGUCCUGUGAGCAGAGGUUUGGCCACCUGGCACUCGCGCCCCCACCUGAGGUCCUUGCUCCACGGCUGCCCAACCCCAUCUGGGUGGGCCAAAAAGAGGCCCUUCUUCGGAGACCCCCGAAAAGACGCGCGCUCACCACGGCCGCGCUGGUGUUCAGGGAGCCGCGGCUGCGGACGCCCCUGCCCGCGCUGGGGGCGCUGACCGCGUGCGCGCACGUGCAGUGGGACCCCGCCUCGCCCGACGCGGCCGCGCUCUUCUCCCUCGCGGCGCCGGCGCUGCCCAACGCGCUGCAGCUGCGCGCCUUCGCCGAGCCGGGCGGCGCCGUGCACGCGGCGCUGGUGGUGCGCGGCCACCACGCGCCCUUCCUCGCCGCCUUCCGCGCCGACGGCCGCUGGCACCACGUGUGCGCCACGUGGGAGCAGCGCGGCGGUCGCUGGGCGCUGUUUGCCGACGGGCGGCAGCGCGCCGGGGCGCGGGGACUGGGCGCGGGCCACCCGGUGCCAGCGGGCGGCAUCCUCGUGCUGGGCCAGGAUCAGGACUCUCUGGGCGGCGGCUUCUCGGCGCGCGAUGCCUUCAGCGGCAACCUCACCGGCUUCCACCUGUGGGCUCGGGCGCUGAGCCCCGCGCAGCUGCGCCGCGCGCGGGCCUGUGCGGCGCCCCCCGGCGGCUUGCUCUUCCGCUGGGACCUGGGCGCCCUAGACGUCACGCCGUCGCUGCUGCCGCCCCUGCGGGUGCGCCUUAUCUGUCCCGUGCCCUCAGAGGAGUGCCCUACGUGGAACCUAGGAUCCCGUACCGAGGGCUCUUUGCUCUGCCUUCAACCACGGCCCUUCCUCUGCUGCUACCGGACAGAGACUUAUCAGCGGCUGCAGGACGCCCAGUCAUGGCCUGGCCAGGAUGUUAUCAGCCGAGUCAAUGCCUUGGCCAACACCAUUGUGCUCCUCACGGACCCUCUCUCUGAAGUCCAUGGACACCUGUCGCUGGCUGAGGCCUCCAGCUUCCUGGGUAUCCUGGAGAGAGUCCUGGCAAAGGAGGCAGCUCCCCUGGGGCCCGCUGCAUUGCUGGUCGUCGUGCACUUCCUGAAGAGGGUGACAGCCCUCGGGGCUGGGGAGCCAGAGCCCUUAAGUGGGCCCUGGGAGCAGCUAGGCCGGGGCAUUGUGUCUGUGGCCAGCCUGGUCCUGGAGGAGCAGUUGGCUGGAGCGUGGCUCUCAGUCAGCAAGGUGGUCGGCAGCCCCAUGGCCCUGGUGGCAAGUGUAUAGCGCCUGGCGCCCCUGCUGAGGCCCGUGCUGACCUCCGAGCGGCCCCGACAGCACAUCCGGUGCUGGUGAGCCGGUCUGGAGGUGCAGAGCCUACACUUGAAGGAGGCCAGCAAAGAGGGCUAUGUGUUCACGAUGCCCCAUGGGCAUCCGGAGGGGCCCGGCCACAUCCGCAUCCCCGCAAGUGAAGUGAAGCAGCUCCUCGGGAAAGGCCUCUUCAGAGUCACCGUGAUCCACAGCUGGUUCAGCUCGAGUGUCUUCCAGCACACCCUAGGGGAUCCUGGCCUAGAGCCCCAGGCCUCUCACAGCUCAGAAGAGGCAAGCAAGACGCAGAGGUUUCUAAGCACCCAGGUGGGCUCAGCCAUCAUCUCCUCUGAGGUAUGGGAUGAAACCAGGGAGGUCAGCACGGCCGUGACCUUUCACCUACAGCACCAGGCCCAGAGCCCUUCUGUUCCCUGCCCUCCCCCCAGCCCAGACACAGGGCUCUCGUGGGCCCCUACUGGCUGUUCUGUGGCCACCGUGUACGAGGACUCGACUGCCUGCUUCUGCAACCACAGCACCAACUUUGCUGUCCUGUUGCAGGUGUAUGACGUCCAGAGGAGCGCCGAGGAAGAGUCACUGCUGAGGACGCUCUCAUUUGUGGGUUACGGUGUGUUCUUCUGCGCCCUGGUCACCACCUUCUUGCUCUUCCUGGCAGCUGGGGUCCCCAAGUCAGAGCGAGCCACGGUCCACAAGAACCUCACCUUCUCCCUGGCCUCUGCCGAGGGCUUCCUCAUGGCCAGCGAGUGGGCAAAGGCCAACAAGGUGGCAUGUAUGGCCGUCACAGCUGUCAUGCACCUCCUCUUUUUGGUCGCAUUCUCCUGGAUGCUGGUGGAGGGCCUCCUGCUGUGGAGCAAGGUGGUGGUCGUGAGCAUGCGCCCGGGCCCCAGGAUGACGCUCUACUACGCCACCGGCUGGGGUGUGCCUGUGGCCAUUGUGGCCAUCACCCUGGCCAUGUCCCCCCAUGACUAUGUGGCCGCCGGGCACUGCUGGCUCAACGUACACACAGACACCAUCUGGGCCUUUGUGGGCCCUGUGCUCUUCGUGCUGACUGCCAACACUUGCAUCCUGGUCCGCGUGGUCAUGGUCACUGUGGCCAGUGCCCGCCGCCGUGCCCGCAUGCUGAGCCCACAGCCCUGCCUGCAGGAGCAGGUCAGGAUCCAGACAUGGGCCACGGUGAAGCGGGUGCUCGUCCUGCUGCCCGUCCUGGGCCUGACCUGGCUGGUCGGCAUGCUGGUACACCUCAGCCCAGCCUGGGCCUACGCCGCCGUGGGCCUCAAUUCCUUUCAGGGGCCAUACAUCUUCCUGAUUUAUGCUGCCUACAAUGGGGAGGUCCGGAGCACCCUACAGAGGAUGACGGAGAAAAAGACAACAGAGGGACCCGCAGCCCCAGAAUCCCCACAACCUUCUCCUCCAUUGCAGAACCUGAGAGACCGGCGCGGCGCCGGUGGGAACAAGAGCGGCAGCGGCGCCGGUGGGAACAAGAGCGGCAGCGGCGCCUCUGCGCUCAAGCUGGCCCAGAGGCUGCCGGAGCCAGAGGAUGUGGCACAGCCCGGGAGCAUCCGAGCAGCCUCCCUGGAGGAGGCGCAUCUCCUGGCCCUGGAGAGUGUCCUUCAGGACACAGGGCAGGAGGAGGCCAGGGAGCUGAGACCCAGCUUCAAGGGUUUGCAGCAAGGGACCCAGUGGGACGGGGCCAAUGAGGAAAGGGCUUAUCAGCAAUGUCCCCCAUCUGGAGACCCAUACACCCUCCUCAAGUUCACCCAUGUUCCUACACACAGAGACUCCGAGCCCCGACAGGACACCCUGCUGUUCAUCGAAGGAGGGGCAAGCAACAACUCCUCUCUGGAUUGA